AUUUUUUUUUUUCAUCCCAAGCCCCAACUCCACAGCCUGCUAAGCAAUGGGGGGGACUCGCGGAACGCAAGUCAUCGUGAUGGACCGCACGUUGCGCAGUGCUGAAAUCGCGGUGUGAGGCGGCGAAGAAGGGUGACACCGACGACAGAGGACCAACGGGCCGCGGAAGCAAAUUCCAAUCAUUAUUGUUUGCGAAGCGCGGUACAGCAGGUGUCGCAGCGAAGCGAUGGCCGACUCGGAUUGGAAGCGUCGAGUAGGAAUCGAAAUCAACUUUGGCUCCGACGACGAAGACGACGAUGAUGGCAACGGAAUCGAAGGAACCGCUGCUGGAUGUUCCGGCGGCAACAACAACGACGACGAACCAUCCGUGCUACAGUUCCGUGACGACGAAUUCACGGACUCGACCGAAUCGCAGGAGCUGGAGGAAACGCUACGCGCCUCGUCCAUCGACGAAGUGCUUAAUCAGUGGGCUGACCAGUAUGGCAGUACGCCACCCCGGACCCGCAUAAAGAACAAAUAUCGUAGCAACAAGCAAAGGAUGGAAGGAUCAGUGAAGAUGCGUACGGGUGGAGGCCGUUUGGCGAGACCGCGUGCCGAUCGUCGUAACACCGUCGACUGUGCGAUACUGAACCAGAUGAUCAUGGAACCGGCCAACGCUGAGGAUAAGGUGCGCAGCGAUAAACGGUCAACACAGCUGCUGCGUGAUUCGGAGCGAGACAUUAAAAUGUCGGCCGCUACCACCAUCCUACCGGUACGAUCCUCGGGCAACUACGGUGCGGCAACAUCGUUUGUUUCCGGGAGUCUUGCUGUCCAGUCGAUGACAACAGGACCAUUAACGACAGCUCCAGGGCCACAGCAGACACAGAAUGCGCCGAUGAUGAUGAUGGAAGAGCGUGCCGAUAGUAUGCCGAUGGCCGGUGUCACACCGGCUCCACCGACACUGAUCGAAUCGUGCAAUCGGUUUAUGAGCGUGGCUUCACGUCCUGUUGGUUGCCGUAUCUCGGCACCACCGGCUGCUGCUUAUCGGGAUAUAAUCUUCGCCACAACUUCCGGAUUGAGCGGAUGUCCCGUUAGUCGGCCGGUGGACGCGAUUCCAGAGAACAGAAUCAAGUUCCACGAAACGUUCUCCGAUCUGAUCAAGCUCGGUAGCGUGGACAAGGAACGUGCGGCACGUGCCGGAAUUCUGUCGAACGAGGAGCGCCUUUGGCAGACGCAGGUGAACGAUCUGAUUUGGCUCGAGCUGCAAGCCUGGCAUGCGGACCGGUCGAUCGAGCAGCAGGACCGUUUGCUGUGCCAGGCACGCCAGGAGAUCGGUGAUCUGCUGGAUGAAAUUAUGAACUUUCGCUUCCAGCGUAAGCUGGUACGAACGACGAGUGAAACAACCGACAGUGGGUUCGGUACGGGAGCAUCGUCCAAUGGAAAUGUGUUUUGCUUCGGGUGCCUUUCAAUGUACUGUAAGGAUUGUCUGGAAGUGCAGACGAUGGCACUGCGGCAAGUCGAGGAAUUGCUGAUGCGGCUCGAGUCCAAGGAGUGUCUGUUUCCGUCGUCCCGUGCCAUGGGCAUCGCGUUUCCGGUGUACCAAAGUGAACGGUUCGUGAACCGCGUUAAAGCGAUGUGCCUGUGGUACAACGUGACGCGUCAGCAUCGUAUGACACUGCUCAUUCUCGGCAAACUGCUCGCCCGGCUGCAGGAACCAUCGAGGAAGGAAUCCUCAAUUAAGUGGCCCAUAAUGGAGCAGAACAACGAUGGUUCCUCAUCGUCCUCGGUGAACGAGGAAGCUGGGCCGACUGGAUCAAACAAUUCGUCGGUUGAAGGUUCGACGAACUCGUCACGACGCGUGCAGUUCAUGGAUAAUGGAUGCUGCAACGGUGGUGAUGGAAGUGCCACGGAGAGUGCCAAUAGUGAUGAAACGGAUUUUUCGGAGCUUUCCUUUAAACGACAACAAUCAUUUCCGGGCGAUACGGAGUACGGGCGUUACAUGAACAGCUUUAACUUUUACAAUGUGCAAACACUGACGGAAAUGUCAUCUUCGGCCCAGAAUAUGGGUAACGCACUGUAUCGAAAAUACAUCGAAAAUGUACUCAAGUGCCGUGGUCUGGGCAAAUCGUUAACGUUUCUACAUCGACUACACAAUGUGGUGCUCCGGAAGGCUCAGCUAACACUGGAAAAUCCUUCCAAACAGCUAGACGAGGACUGUCUGUUCGACGAAGCGGACAUCCCGUGUAUCGAGCCCCCGUUGGAACGCGAGCAGGAAUUAGAGCUGCGUCGCUACGGUGCAUGGAGUGAGGAAGCCAAGGAACUAAAUCUUCCCUCCUACGUGUCGGCAUUCCUGUUCCUUUCGCUCAUACCGCUCGAGGUGAUCCACGAGUUUCUCAAGAUGCGGCUCGAAACGUGCCCGAAGCAACCGAAUCCGCUUAGCCUCGAGCAGCACAUUAAGGAGCUGAAGGAAGGUCUCACGCUAGCAAUGAUACACCGCGAACGCUUCCAGAAGCACGUCAAU